UCAAAAUAAACAUGUAAUCAUAACCUAUGACAUCCGAGGCGCGAUAAGAGAGGAUCUCGAGACGCGUUCUUGCGGCGGAUAACAAUUCGCAAAACUGUCAUGGUACGGCUUUAGUUCGCGACGCCACGGCGUAAUUAAGCCGCCUAGAAAGCACGUGGAGGCGUUAUCAGGGAGACGCAGAAACGCGUUCAAAUGCGAGGGCAGAGAUGAGCAAUCUGAAAAAGUGCAGAACCACCCAGAGAUCCCAGUGCGGCCGAGAUCCCGGACCUGCAAACGCGCAUCGUGUGAUGCCCGUGUCGCAGCCAGUGCGUGCUAAGAGUUUGUUACGCGCAAACUUGGAGAACUCACGCGUGCGAGUCCUGCAGAGCAGAAUGCCGAACAUCAAGGUCUUCAGCGGUACCUCGCAUCCGGAUCUCGCCCAGCGGAUCGUCGACCGCCUCGGCAUCGACAUCGGCAAAGUUGUCACCAAGAAAUUCAGCAACCUCGAGACAUGCGUGGAGAUCGGAGAAUCUGUCCGUGGGGAAGAUGUGUACAUUGUGCAAAGUGGAAGCGGCGAGGUGAAUGACAAUCUUAUGGAGCUUCUGAUCAUGAUCAACGCUUGCAAAAUUGCUUCUGCAUCACGAGUAACAGCGGUUAUUCCUUGUUUCCCUUAUGCCAGGCAAGAUAAGAAAGACAAGGGCGGUGAUGGUGGAGACUCUAAAAAUCAGAUUGUCAUGAAGUCGAACGAGUGGAAAUUCAGGAGUCGUGCGCCAAUCUCUGCAAAACUAGUUGCGAAUAUGCUUUCUGUGGCGGGUGCUGAUCACAUUAUCACAAUGGACUUGCAUGCUAGUCAGAUACAAGGAUUCUUCGACAUCCCAGUAGACAACUUAUUCGCUGAACCAGCUGUCCUCAAGUGGAUUAAAGAGAAUAUCGUUGAAUGGCGAAACAGUAUCAUUGUCUCUCCUGAUGCAGGUGGUGCCAAAAGAGUCACAUCCAUCGCAGACCGAUUAAAUGUUGAGUUUGCGCUCAUACAUAAAGAAAGGAAAAAGGCGAACGAAGUCGCGAGUAUGGUAUUGGUCGGAGACGUCAAAGACAGAGUUGCUAUCCUUGUGGAUGACAUGGCUGACACUUGCGGUACCAUUUGUCACGCAGCGGAAAAACUAUUGGAAGCUGGUGCCACGAAGGUUUACGCGAUACUUACACACGGUAUCUUUAGUGGGCCAGCCAUUAGUAGAAUUAACAAUGCUUGCUUCGAGGCUGUAGUAGUGACCAACACUAUUCCUCAAGAUGGUCACAUGAAAGAUUGUCCAAAGAUUCAGUGUAUCGAUGUCUCAAUGAUGUUUGCCGAAGCAGUGAGGCGGACACAUAAUGGCGAAUCUGUAUCGUACCUGUUUUCGAAUGUACCGUAUUAGACGAAAAUCUUCCGUAAUCUACUUCAAACCUGUGUAAGAAGAACAUAUUCUUUUUACAUUUGUUUGUUGUUACUGUUAGUUAAAAACUACUUCGUCUACCUGCUAGUUAGGUGCAUAUUUUGUGUGUCCUAAUUCUAAAUUAAAAUUUACAUUUGUUCUAUUUUUUUGUGAAUUUCCAAUAGCAAUUACAAGAUUGGUAACGGAACACAAAAUGAUGAAGAUUAGAGAUUUAGAUACGUAAGAUGUUUUUUUAAACUUAAUAGUUCUACGAAUUUCUCCAAAUUUCUCCAAAGUUGAAGAGACAUAUGAUGCUUUGGAAUUUUGUUGUAAUCGAAGAUGGUUCCAGCUUCAACUCCAACUUAUGACAUGGCAUCCUUUUUAUCAGUCUCAAUUUAAAAUGAUAGAAGGAUCAAUUUGUUAUAAUGACGAGAAUAGUAAUUUAUGGAUUGAAAUAUUUGUAAACUAUGAUUAAAACUCAAUGCAUGUAACGGUCAUGCAUAAUUUAUCAGUGCAUAUAUCAGAUGAAUCAAUUUUAGAUCUGCAAUAUCUAUAUAGGUAUAUAUAAAAAUUUUGCAUACAUCAAUUAAGAAAAAUUGCUUAAAUAAAUUUUCGUAGUUGAAAUGUGUCUAACGCAUUACGAUUAUGAUAGAAAAAUGGCACUGAUCACGUUUUUAAUGCAAGCAUAAUAAUUUAUGAUUAUAUUAAAAUUAUAUUAAAAUCGAAAUAAUUUACACUCGAUAAAAAUAAAUGAUUUUAUUCAAUAAAAUAGCCUCCGAUCUACGUACGAAUUUAGCUUGUUAUGACUACGAUGACGAUCGUAAAUUUGUCUUGCUAAUAAAAAAAAGUGCCAUUUGUUACUCGAUUGAAUAUUACAAUAAAUGUAUAAAAAGUA